AUGCAGAGAAAGUUGACCAAGGGCUUCGUUCCACGGCGACCGUUUCCUGCGUGUGCAGCUCCACACAGCGACCGCGGCCUGCAAUGCGCGGAGCGCAGCGCGGCCUUCUCCAGCCGGAGCUGGGGAUCCGCGGUGGCGGCCGGUGGCCACCGCAGGGAAAUAAAGCCAUUGCUGCCGCAGCAAAAUGGCUCAAAGUCCAACCAAAGCCUGGCCUUUUCCUGUGAGUCAAGACUCUGCCUGUUUGGUUCUCCGUCUCGAGUGAUUCCCGGCUCAGUAACGUUUCUCCUCCAGGGAGCCCUCUGCAACUCCACUGGCUGCGCCGCCUCCUCGCGCACCCGCCGCGCGCGCCCUGGGCGGGUGACUGGAGAGUGCGAUGUCCCCGGGAAGGCAGAUCCCCUACCUGGAACGACGGUUCCAGACCAGCGGGAACGCGCCCUAUCCACUAGCGCCUGCACCCGUGGCCGAGUGUGGGUGGCGGAGCCCCGGGUGACAGCACUGGAGACCGCGCACCCGGACCCUUCGUACCCUCGGUGUCAGCCAGUUGCCACGAGCAGUGGAACAGACACGAAACCCAGGCAAAAAAGCAGGGUACAUUGGGAGUCGCUCCGGCUUUCCAAAGGCAGGGGUGGUCGAGCCCUGUGCCAGACUUCGCACUUUCUUAUCCAGUUCUUUGUGAAAGAAGCCGUUUCCUGCCCCCCUGCAGGAGCCCAGGCUGUGGGCGGCUCACUAGCGCUGCCCUGGGAAUGCAGCCUCCGAGCUCCCUGCUCGCGGAGCCCAGCGCCGACACUCACUGGAGCUGCGUCCCCGGAUCCGCUUAGAGGCUCUGCACCGAUCCCGAUCCAAUUCAGCAGCGUUUUAAAAGAGCACCGGAGGGGAGGAAGCUGGGCUGGAAGACAAGGAAGCUGCUGUUUGGAUUCGCUGGUGGAGGAAAGUGCGACCUGGAGCUGGGCUUGGGGCCUCCUGUCCCCUUACUUCAGCACCAGAGGGGAUGGACAGCGUCUCCGGACUGGGCUGCAGCCUCAGGGACCGAACUACGCUGCCGCCGCCGCUGUCCUUGCCGCCACUGUCGUCGCCACGGGCAGCUGGGCUCCUUGCUCCUCGCAGCUAAAAGGCGGUGGCUCUUAUUACCCACUCGCUUCCCGGUCCCCUUCGUUGAUGGAUGAAAAGUACCCCUACCUCUACACCUGCUGUACCUAAGGACAGGACUCUGAGGAGUACCCUUGCUCCGCAGAUUAAACUCUCGGCAGCAACUUGAAGAAUUAUCUUUCUAUAGGGGCCUGGGAGGAAUUCUGGCAGAAGAGUAAAGUAGAAGUUCUUAGAAGCUCUGAGAAAUCAUGGGCGGCGCAAUUGGGGUCGAAAUGCUCAAAGGCCCACACUUCUUGAAAUAAGCAGAAUGGUCCUAAGUGGAUUGCAACUGUUUUGGAAAUAGCUUUGUGAAAAGAGACUGGAGAUCUACUCAGAAUUCUGCGUUAGAGAAACUGAAAAGACAUCUAAUUUCACUGCUCGGCAGACUGCUCUCCAGAAUGUUGAGAUUGCCCAAGAAGUGACCCCAGCAAAAGAAAAAUAUUGCUCUACCUAAAUUCAAGUAAGACCAUUACUUUGCAAUAAUGUAUCAUGUGUAAAUUAGUGAAAAAAAUUGACUG